GAGUAUUUAGCGACGAUGGUUGUCGUAAAUGAAUCAGUCGAUAAUGAAGCUUGGAAUACUACUACUCGCGGUUGCGGCGUCAGUGUCGGCACUCCCGGCGGAGGAGCCCGUGCUGUACUACCACAAGAAUGUGGGCAUGAGGGAGGCGGAGCGCAUCAGGCAAGCCGAACAGGCCGCUGACUUCGACGGUAGCAGGAUCUUCAAUGGCUCUCCGGCAGCACUCGGCGCUUACCCCUACAUGGGGGGACUAGUGAUUAUUGUGCCUGGUGGCCAAUCUGUCUGCGGCUCCUCACUGCUCUCCAACACUCGUGCUGUGACAGCGGCGCACUGCUGGUACGACGGGCGGAUGCAGGCGCAACAGUUCGAAGUUGUGUUUGGCUCUGUCCGUCUCUUCAGCGGGGGAGUCAGAAUUCGCACCAAUGACGUGAUUAUGCAUCCCAAUUGGAAUACAAGAAAUUUAAAUAAUGAUGUCGCCAUGAUUAGGUUCAAUUGGGUUACGUUCACAAAUGUGAUCCAGCCCAUUAACCUGCCUAGUGGUGCUCAGCUCAAUAAUAAUUUCGCCGGAACAUGGGCUCAGGUAGCCGGCUUCGGCAAGACUAGAGACAAUGCAGCAGUUACUGCGAACCAAGUGCUGAGCCACGUGACCCUACAAAUUAUCACUAAUGAUGCAUGCCGCAGUGUCUUCCCUGAUAACAUUCUAGACUCCAAUCUGUGCACGAACCCUGCGGCCAAUGGGGGCAACGUUUGCGGCAGCGACUCUGGUGGACCACUAUCAACCAAUCUUGGGGGACAAAGAGUUCUUAUUGGUAUUGUGUCGUUUGGCUCGAGUCGUGGCUGCCAGGCGAGAUACCCAGUCGCAUACGCACGUGUCACCUCCUACGUACCCUGGAUUCGAGGACACCUGUAAUUCGACUGAAAUUUAUUUUAAAUAAACUUGCAUAUAAUUGUAACUUAAAUGUAAUAAACUUAUUAUUCUUUAU